AUGAGCACCUGGGACACGGAUAUCAUAGCCGCUUUGAGCUGCCAAAGUUCGAUUGAAGAUAUUGUAAGCUCUAGCGCAUUUCCUUCUUUCUAAAACUUUUCUGCAGAAGAAAAAACUUGCCGAAAUCGAUGUUAGGGAUGAAAAUCGCUGGAAGUUGAAAAUGGCACUUGCUCUUCGAGAAGAUCGCGCGAAUCAUGUGCUCAACAUUGCCGCAAUGCACGAAACCUGGGAGACCAAUGUGCCGGUUGUGACUGCGAUAAUCAAGUGCGCUUCGGGCUACUUGGAUGUGGACACUAUGAUGAAAAAGCAGGUGAGUAGAGUGUGUAGAAGUUUCGGGCACAGUACAUUGUCGUUCAGGGUCUGCCACCAGUCAAAUUUGUGAAGUAUUCCGUCGACAACGAAGAUGCUUCAUCCAAAACCACAAUUUCAAUCUCCCCAACCUAUUGUUUGCUUUGCCAUUCCGCGAGCAACGGGAAGUUUUGCGAGAGCUGUAUGUCUGUUUGUAACCCAAAAUGCCACAAACCUCCAGGUUCGGGUUUUUGUUCCCUGAAUCUUACUAAAAUUCAUACAGAAGCGCCCAACAUGCUAACAUCGCUCACAGCUCCCACGUCGUCAGUUUCGUCCAGAAUCUCGGUAUCCACUCCUUUCCUUACUGAUCUUCAACUAUAUUUUGUCAAGCAACACGAGCAGAGUAUGCUCCUUCGCCCAAUUUACGACAGAGUGGACGGCGAUCUGUCGAAGGUGAGCACGGCGGAGUUGGAAGGCAUCGGAGUGGCGAUGAAUGCUGUCAAGAACUAUUUCAAGAACAGGAAAGACUACAUUAAGAGGUGAGGGACAGACUUUACUCGAGAAAUAUGGGUUCUUUUGUUUUAGAAGGAGCAAUGGAAAGGUUUAAAAUGGAAUCGUUUUGCCAGUGAAAUCGCAUUCCCAGUUGCUCUCCCUUAGCUUUAAUAAGUUACAAUCUUUCAUGCCCUCUUUACCCGUGUUCUACAUCUCCUUAUUCUAUUGUAUAGACAUAUCUUCGUGCCUCCAACUAUUCCGAUCGAUAAAACAUCUCUCUCUCUCUCUGACUCUGACUGUUCGCCUCGGCUCUGCUCGCAAGACGAGCCGACCCAGCGGGUGUCCAAACGGCAUGAGUAAGAAGGUUUAUAGUGUCUGUCACUUGUAAGAGAGACACGAGACGGUGUCUUGCAAUAACAAAUCAUCGCGGGCAGACACGUGUUUGUGAUGCCGAGGUGUUGACCGAUUUCGGGGGACUUACCGAACAAAAAUGGAAAAGAAUUGUGAGCUGAGCUCAAGAAGGUUGAGUUAAACGUCGACACAGAAUGAGGGCGAAAACAAGACUUGAAAUAUCAGGAGAAUCAUUGGAAGGGACAAAAUGGCAGUAGCUGUAAAGCUCACAAUUCAAAUCUGACAAAUCACACGAAUCAAAAGUUCGGCCCCAGAUCCCAGAAUCCAGAACCAUUUUCAGGCUUUGUUUCGAAAUGAUUUCUCCUCUUGUCCGUCCAUAAUCUGAGAAACAGUCCCCUUCCGGUUGAUGCCAUCCCACCUUAUCCUUUAAUUUAUUUAAUAUCCUUCCUUCUCAACAGCCGCCUCUCCGAGAAGCCGAUGAAAAGCUUUACCGGUCAAGAUGAAAACCCCGCAAUUAUCGGUAAGUCCCCCCGCAAUUAAGUGGCAUAUCGGUGCUAAACGGCCGUAACCGACUCGCCCGUGGUCUCCGAUGACGUUUAGUUGUUGCACAACACAUCAAAAACGAGAGAGCACGCGAUGCGAGGAGGCGCAGACAGUGUUGACCUAAGGAGGAUGCGAGCGACAUAACCGGGGGGAUUACUACUGUAAGCUAAAAGAUUUUCCUUUAUGCUCGGAAGGGAUCGGUCAGAAAUUGGAAGAUGUGCAAUAUAUGGAAGAAAAGAGCAGAAUAAAUGGAAAAGGAUUCGAAAAGUUGGUAGAACUUUGUGUUCCCCAGCUGACUGUAAGUCUAUUUAACGUUCUCAUCAUCAUAGAUCACAGGCAAUCCCAACUUUAUUUCAUUUCAGUAUCUUACGGAACGUCCCUCCAUCCCACUCCAAAUGGGUCUCCCGCAUACGGGCGGCAGUCGAAAGAGUCCGUAUAGCCCAUUUAGGUAUAAUAUGGACGACUGGACGGGAUUACCUGGCAGAUGUCCGUUUCCUUUCAGCAUCCGACGGUACCCCAACCACGUCAGUCGACGGUCCACAGAUGAACUAGUCAAAGAGCCCGACAGUAGGAGACCCCCAAUUGGAGAUGGUACGAAAGUUCUAGAAAAGUUUCCGAACAUAUCGGAAGAGCACCAGCUCGAGUUGGUAAGAAUUUUCUUUUCUAACAGCUAGGUUGAGCAAACUUUUUUUCAGGUUUUCUUAAGGUACCGUUUGGCACCAAACCAAUCGAAAGAUUACCCGAGAUGAGUCUUAAGAACUUUGUUGGCAAUCGGCUCAUUUUGAAAGAUACAGCGCUGAUAGCACCUCGGACAUAAUUCUAUUGAAACAAGAGCGUAGAAACAAGGAUAGUUUUCAGAAAAUGGUUAAAGUUUUUCAGAAUUGUUCCGAAUAAGACACCUUCCACUUCGGGAAACCGGGAAUCCCGUCCUUUUCCGGGAGAGGGGUCACUCUGCCCAGUACUAUGAUCCAUGAGAUCCACAAUUGCUAUGGUACCAACUGAUAACGUUUAUGGCUGUUCGCUCAAUUUCAAUUCUAUCUGCAGUUCAAUCAUUCACAUCCAAUUCCUCUCAAAAACAUCAAACGUUCCCCUUCCGCCCCCUUUCUCUCGUCUUUGGGACCUUUCGCCGUCUUUCGGUAGCCCGCCUCUUGCCACGUCAUAGGAACAUCGUCCUGACUCCGCCCAGACCUACCCUCGUGCGGCCUUCUCGUCCAGUCACGUCAUUCUUACCGAAGACGAUCCUUCGGGAAAGUCUUUUUUUCUCCCCAUCCCAUAGUAAACUCUUAUUUCUUCCAGAAGUCUACAAUCAUGAAAAGAAGAUCGCUCGAGAGCAUGGACAUGGAACUCUUCGAUGUCAACGCAAAGAUCAAAAAAGACGUGGAAGUGGAAGAGACAGUGACGGAGGAGGAGAAGGAGUUGCUCGACAUUCUCAACGACAUCAUGAAGGAUCCCGAGAGUCAGCCGCCGUCUCCGAUGCCUCCGGCUCCUCAGAAUUCUCCGCAGUUCCCGAUGCCUCUAGCACACUAUCCGAUGCCACCCGUCCAUUUUCUGCCGAUCUCCUUGCUGCCCACCCCGAAUCCAUCGACAUUUCCAUCUCCAACAUUCGGAUUCGUUACGCUCGAGUCCCAGUUGGACUACCCGUCGCCGGCGCGGCUCAGCCAGAACGAGUACCUCCGCGAUCCGUCGUUGUACUCGGAAAAGUACAACGAGUGGUGCCAGUACUUCCUGUGGCACCAGGCGACGACGGACCUCCCGCCGAUGCCCUUGGACUUUGUCAUGAUGGGCAUCUACACGCACUUUCCCCAUUGGCUGGCUCAACUUCAUGGAUUCUAA